CAUUCUUCAAAUUCGCGAAAGUAAUCAUUACCAUGAAGACUCUGCAAAUCGUGUUCGUACUUUCGGCCAUUUUCGCCGUUGCCUUUGCGGCCAACGCCUCCUGGGGCACUAAGCUAUCCAGCAGCAAACUGGCCAGCACCCAGAACGUGACCAUUCACAAGAAGGCCAACGCCUAUGUGGAAGCACAAAUAGUUUUCCCUGUGAACGGCCAGACCAACACAAAAAUCAUUCGUUUUAUCAGCGUCACUGACCGAUUCACCAACAGCUCAGGACCCAUUGCCACCCUUUGGUCAGGUGGUCCAGGAUACACCCACGCCACCAUCCAGUUGAAGAGCCAGUAUUCCCAGGGUAUUAAUGCCACCGCCCAGAUCUUCACGGACUAAACUUGCGAAGGAAGUUGUGGAAAACAAACUUCAUAUAGCCGAGACAAGAUAACAAUUAAAAAGAAAAAAAAAAUUUUAAGUUCACGCAAACGCUUGUGGUUUUAUGGAGAAUUAAAGCUAUUGAAAGGAUAUUAUUCAUUUCUUUCUAUGUAUAUAAUA